CGCCCCGGCGGCGCCGCCCUCCGAGCGAAGUUUCACGCAGAGGCGAUUUUGAAAGUGAUCGGGAAAACUUUACAUGCACGGUGAAAACAAGUAAACAUGGGCAAAGGAGAUCCUAAGAAGCCGAGAGGCAAAAUGUCAUCAUAUGCAUUCUUUGUGCAAACUUGCCGAGAGGAGCACAAGAAGAAGCACCCAGAUGCUUCCGUUAACUUCUCAGAGUUUUCUAAGAAGUGCUCAGAGAGGUGGAAGACCAUGUCUGCUAAAGAGAAAGGAAAAUUUGAAGACAUGGCAAAGGCGGACAAGGCUCGUUAUGAAAGAGAAAUGAAAACUUAUAUUCCUCCUAAAGGGGAGACAAAAAAGAAGUUCAAGGAUCCCAAUGCACCCAAGAGGCCUCCUUCGGCCUUCUUCUUGUUCUGUUCUGAGUAUCGCCCAAAAAUCAAAGGAGAACAUCCUGGCCUCUCCAUUGGUGAUGUUGCGAAGAAACUGGGAGAAAUGUGGAAUAAUACUGCAGCAGAUGACAAGCAGCCGUACGAGAAGAAGGCUGCCAAGCUGAAGGAAAAGUACGAAAAGGACAUCGCUGCCUACCGAGCUAAAGGAAAACCUGAUGCCGCGAAAAAGGGAGUCGUCAAGGCUGAGAAGAGCAAGAAAAAGAAGGAAGAGGAGGAGGAUGAGGAAGAUGAAGAGGAUGAGGAGGAGGAAGAAGACGAAGAGGAUGAAGAGGAAGAGGAAGAUGAUGAUGAUGAAUAAGUUGGUUCUAGCGCAGUUUUUUUUUCUUGUCUAUAAAGCAUUUAACCCCCCUGUACACAACUCACUCCUUUUGAAGAAAAAAAUUGAAAUGUAAGGCUGUGUAAGAUUUGUUUUUAAACUGUACAGUGUCUUUUUUUUGUAUAGUUAACACACUACCGAAUGUGUCUUUAGAUAGCCCUGUCCUGGUGGUAUUUUCAAUAGCCACUAACCUUGCCUGGUACAGUAUGGGGGUUGUAAAUUGGCAUGGAAAUUUAAAGCAGGUUCUUGUUGGUGCACAGCACAAAUUAGUUAUCUAUGGGGACGGUAGUUUUUCAUCUUCAGUUGUCUCUGAUGCAGCUUCUACGAAAUAAUUGUUGUUCUGUUAACUGAAUACCACUCUGUAAUUGCAAAAAAAGUUGCAGCUGUUUUGUUGACAUUCUGAAUGCUUCUAAGUAAAUACAAUUUUUUUUAUUAGUAUUGUUGUCCUUUUCAUAGGUCUGAAAUUUUUCUUGAAGGGAAGCUAGUCUUUUGCUUUUGCCCAUUUUGGAUCACGUGAAUUAUUAGUGUUUAUCUUUUCAUAUAGUUAGUGGAUGCAAAGCUUCUGUCUACACACCCUGCAUAUCGUGAUGGGGGUAAUAAAAGUCAAAUUGAGAACAUUUUCAUCCAUCAAACUUCAAAAUCUCACUCGGUUGAUAGCGAGUUUCACAUAGCCCUUAGGAAAGAGUAACCAGUUCUGUUCAUAGCAUGGGAUUAUUAGAAUCAAGCAAUCUGGAAGUCUGUCCUUGAAGGACUAAUAGAAAAAAUAUGUUCUGAUCUUUACAUGAGGACUUUUUAACUCCCAUUACCGUGUAAUGGCAGUUAUAUUGUGCAGUUCCCACAUUAGAGGAGGCCCGAGAAUGUAUUCCCAAAAGCGUGAGUUUAACAUACAAGACUCAGAUUUUUUUGUUGACAUUAUUUACCGUGAAGGCAGUGAAAGUGCUGGCUAUAUCUGCCUUUACCCGUUUAUCAAAGUACGGACUGCUCAGGAAACUUGACUCCGGUAAAAGUAUUUUUAAUUAAUUGGGUCAACUUUUAAAAUUACGCCACAAAUUAGAAAAGGUUAGAUCGUCUAUAUUGGGGUUUCCCCUUUAGACAUGAGCAAAAAAUAAGAGCGUCACAUCUUGGUAUGAAUUACCCAGUUUGAGUUUUUCUUUACAAAACUCAGAGUCACGUUUAUCUGCUUAGCAGUUUAGGGAAAAUUUGGCAGUUUUACGGGCUUUGAGAUUAUCACUCUUAAAGUGCCAGUGUUUUAAAAUAGGGUUCUUGUAAUUCUACACGCUUUUGUGAUGGAGUGCUGUUUUGUUAUAUAAUUUUGACUUGGAUUCUUUCCAUUUGCAUUUGUUUAUGUAAUUUCAGGAGGAAUACUGAACAUCUGAGUCCUGGAUGAUACUAAUAAACUAAUAAUUGCAGAGGUUUUAAA